AUGUCGCGGUCAAACCCUCCCAACCCCGCGGGUUCCCGCAAGAUCUCGUUCAACGUCAGCGAACAGUAUGACAUUCAGGAUGUGGUCGGUGAAGGCGCCUAUGGUGUCGUCUGUUCGGCGAUACACAAGCCCUCGGGCCAGAAGGUAGCCAUCAAAAAGAUAACACCUUUCGAUCACUCUAUGUUCUGUCUGCGAACCCUGCGAGAAAUGAAGCUCUUGCGAUAUUUCAACCACGAGAACAUCAUCUCUAUUCUGGACAUCCAAAAGCCAAGAAAUUACGAGUCGUUCAACGAGGUCUACUUGAUCCAGGAACUGAUGGAGACUGAUAUGCAUCGGGUGAUCCGUACGCAGGAUUUGUCCGACGACCAUUGCCAGUACUUCAUCUACCAGACCCUGAGAGGACUGAAGGCCAUGCACUCGGCUAACGUCCUGCACCGCGACCUGAAGCCCAGCAACCUCCUGUUGAACGCGAACUGCGAUCUCAAAGUUUGUGAUUUCGGUCUGGCAAGAUCUGCCGCAUCCCAGGAAGACAACUCUGGCUUCAUGACCGAAUACGUUGCCACUCGUUGGUACCGGGCACCUGAGAUCAUGUUGACUUUCAAGGAGUACACCAAGGCGAUUGAUGUGUGGUCCGUCGGGUGUAUCUUGGCUGAGAUGCUUAGCGGGAAGCCAUUGUUCCCCGGAAAGGACUACCACCACCAACUGACUCUGAUUCUGGAUGUUUUGGGAACCCCUACUAUGGAGGACUACUAUGGAAUCAAGUCUCGUCGUGCGCGGGAGUACAUCCGAUCUCUUCCGUUCAAGAAGAAGGUGCCAUUCCGAACCCUCUUCCCCAAGACGUCCGACCUGGCUCUGGACCUGCUUGAGAAGCUGCUUGCCUUCAACCCUGUUAAGCGCAUUACGGUUGAGGAAGCUCUCAAGCAUCCGUACCUCGAACCAUACCACGACCCGGAGGAUGAGCCCACGGCAGCCCCGAUUCCUGAUGAGUUCUUCGACUUUGACAAGCACAAGGACAACCUCAGCAAAGAGCAACUGAAGCAGCUCAUUUACCAAGAGAUCAUGCGGUAG